UUUAACUUUACUUUACAAACCUUUUAAAAAUCUACACAAUGGCUCCUCAAAUGACUGUAUUUGCCACCUUGGCUAUUUGCAUAUGCCUAACUAUGGCUGGACCUGUUCCUCAUAAGCAGUGCGGUGCUGGUCAUGGACAGGCCAGCAGUUAUGCUGUUGUAACACAACACAAUGAUAACGGAGGAUACGGAUCUAAAUAUGAUGGUGAAUAUAGCCAUGGAGUCGAAGAUUACGGUAAAACUGACGGCCAUUCUGAACAUGGUGAUGGCGACCACUCAUCAGACUAUUACAGCCAUCCUCAAUAUGAAUUCGCCUAUGGUGUUGAGGACUCGAAAACCGGUGACAUUAAGGAACAAUGGGAAUCCCGAGAUGGCGAUAAAGUACAAGGAAGCUAUUCCCUCAAAGAAUCCGAUGGAACAACUCGUAUUGUACAAUACACCUCUGAUAAGAAGACUGGCUUCGAGGCGACCGUCCAUAAGAUUGGUCAAGCCAACAAUGAAGAUGGUGGAGCUGACCAUUAUGGCCAUCAUGGUUACUAGAUGAUAACAGCCCUAAUGUGCUAUCAUCAAUCUAUGAAGAAGACAUAAAUAAUUGUAAAUUUCCCCCAAAAUAUUAAUAAACAACAUCUAU